AUGGAGUUGUCCAUCUCUCGCUCCUUUCAGUUUGGCCUACACCUUGGUGAGGCCAGUAAGCUAUUAUUUCUAGAGGAUCGAGCUCCUUUUGAGAACAUCGGAGAAAUAGCUUCCAUGGAGUUGUCCAUCUCUCGCUCCUUUCAGGGUAUGCAAGGACUUAUGUACGCCUUGGAUAAGAUUAAGAACAUGAAGGAGCAAAUGAAGGACAUGAGGACUGAGCGUGAUACUUUGCGCGGGGAGAUUAAGGAGCUAAAGAGCUGCAAGAAAGAGCUUGACCGUGUCAGAGAAGAGUUACGAACUCAACUUGAUGCUAAGGAGCAAGAUUCUAAUCGUUUGAAGUCUGCCUUGGCUGAUCUUGCUACUGCCCAAGCUCGUGUGGACAUGUUGGAAGGUCGGUUAGUCGAAAUUGGACUGGAGGCUGAGAUCUAG